UGUGUCUUUAUGAUCAUUUCAUUUAAAGCUUUCUUUUAUUGUAAGCCGGUUUCCGUCGUUGAUUUUCAUUAGCAUCUAACAAUAAACGCUUCAAACAUUUUCAUCUAACGAUUUGUUUGCAUCUUUUGUGACAAAAAAAAACAUUUUUCAUCAUUAUCAUGAGUAAAUUAUACAGUAACGAAGAUAAUUAUCGUGCAUAUAAGGCAUUGAUUGCCAGUAAAUACAGCGGUAAAUCAGUUUCGGUUAUAACAACCGAAUCCGGUAAAUCAUGUCCACAGAAAUUUUUUGGUCAUGUUCCAGCAUUGGAAACAUCCAAUGUAAAUCUUUUCGAAAGUAAUGCCAUCGCUUAUUAUCUUUCGAAUGCUCAAUUACGUGGUGGUAACGAUGAAUCAUUACAAUCUCAAGUGCUGCAAUGGGUUAGCUUUUCUUCCACAGAUUUAUGGCCAGCAGUUUUUGCCUGGGUUUUACCAGCAACUGGUUGUUCCAAUUCUAAACAGGUAGGAAUUAAUUAUUUUUUAAAUUUCAUAUUAAUCUUAAUUUUAAUGUUUUUCUCAAAGACAUUGGAGCCAGCAAAAAAUCAGGUGAAAAAUUUAAUGAAAAUGUUGAAUGAUUACUUAUUGACUCGAACAUAUUUGGUUGGCGAACGUAUCACUUUGGCUGAUAUUUGUAUGGCUGUAACAUUGUUACCAUUGUAUCGAUAUGUAUUGGAGCCAUCAAUUCGCGACCAAUAUGGCAAUGUAAACAGAUAUUUUAUGACAUUGAUUAAUCAAAAACAAUUUGCAGAUGUCAUUGGCAAGGUCGAAUUGUGUACUGCUGUCAAACAGGUUUCACAGAAAACUGAAGCCAAACCGAAAAAAGAAAAAAAGGAACCGAAGAAAGAAAAAGAAGUGCCAGUUGAAGAUGAUGCCGGUGAUGAUCUUAUGCCUGCUAUGCCAAAACCCAAAGAUCCAUUCGAAAAAUUUCCGAAAGGCAAAUUCGAUUUUGAUGAUUUUAAACGUUUUUAUUCAAACAACCCAGAAGUUAAAUCGAUUCCAUAUUUUUGGGAAAAAUUUGACAAAGAAAAUUACUCAAUUUGGUAUUGUGAAUACAAAUAUCCACAAGAGUUGACAAAGGUUUUUAUGAGCUGUAACCUUAUUUCUGGUAUGUUUCAACGUUUGGAUCGUAUGCGAAAGAAUGCUUUUUCCAGUAUGAUCUUGUUUGGUGAAGAUAAUAAUAGUACCAUUUCGGGUAUAUGGGUUUGGCGUGGACAUGAGCUUGCCUUUCCUCUAAGUGAAGAUUGGACAAUCGAUUAUGAAUCAUAUGAAUGGAAAAAAUUGAAUCCAGAUGACGAAAAAACAAAAUUGAUGGUGAACGAAUAUUUUAGCUGGGAAGGUAAAUUCGAUGGUAAAAAAUUCAACCAAGGCAAAAUUUUUAAAUAAAAAAAACCAAUGAAUGUUAAUCAAGCUAACACAACCCAAAACACAAAAGGGUGGAAAUGAUAAUAAAAUUGAAUAUUUUUAA